UCGUUAUUAUUAAUAUAAUAUUAUAUGCCGCAUUUAGUCUCGUGUCUCUGCCAAUGGACCGCGCAAAUGGAUGUGCGCGUCCAGGAGGUAUAGUAACUAGUAGUUCGAAUUCGGUCGCGACACCAGGCGACAUCCAGGCGACACUGCUUCACACACACCAACACACACUGCCGUCUGCCGCUGGCGCGACGAUCAUGCGUGCAGCGCGCGACACGUGCUCGGUUCUCUUUUAUAAAGAGUCAACACGUUAAGCGAUAUAGAUUACGAAAAAAAUCUUUACAUGUUACGACAAUGGCAAAACUCAGUUCGUACUACACGCUGUGCCCACUCAUUGACCAGCAGAGUUUACUCGGCGUCGAGAAGGACAAGGAACCAGGCUGUGCGGUAGUGACUCUCGGUAGAAACAUAGUCAUACGAUAUAAGUUGCAAGAUCUAAAGCAGAUUAGGAGUUGGUCCAGUAAAGAAAGGUUGACGACCCAAGUUAUCUACGAUAGAUUCAAGCAGCGUUAUGCUGCUGCCUUUAACGAAAGAAAGAUCCGGGUUUGGUCGGAAGAGGAGACAGAUUUGAACAACGUGAAGGGAUACAAGUUUUCGUCCCCACUUUACGCUAUUCUGCCAUAUGGAGAUUUGUCGCCCAUUCUUGUCCAGCAAAACGGAGCCACGGCUUCUCUCGAUUGGGCUAUCGACAACAGGAAGACAUGGAUAAGCAAGGGUGUAAUUAAGGCUAAAGAGAAAUUGUUGGAUUGUCAGCUAAUACAUUUAAAUGGAAAGACGAGUUUGUUUUGCUUGACGAGAAUCGAAGAGGUUUAUAACUAUGUAGUAGUUGGAUUGGAGGACGAUACCUGUUUGGAGAAAGCGGAUACUAUCAGGAGGAUAGAAUUGAAACGAAAGUCAGAGGAUCUUACGGGACAUGUGGUGAUACACCACAAAAACGAUGCGUAUCUGUUGACUUUAUGGUCACACGGCAGAUUGUACAGUCACUUGUUGACGGCAGGGGUGUCUUCCGAUAUGGAAUCCUCCAACAGGCUGGUGAAUGUAAUUACAAAUAUCAAUACAAAAUAUCCCGUUGUCAUGACGCACCUGAACGAGACGACUGUAGCGAUUUAUGGUGCUGAUGUCGCGGACGAAGGGGCGAUACUCAUGAUAUACAAUGUACAAUUCAAAUCGGCGCAAGCGGUACAGAAGCUAAAACUUUAUACUAACGACGCCAAACUCUGGAAGGUGGAGGAUAAAUUAUUGCUCGCGGCAAACAGACAUUUGGCCGUCGCGCCCUACCACCUCGCGCCGCAAAGGAUAGCUGCCAUAUUGGGCUCGUCUUUACGCUUCAAGAACGACAAUGAUGGCAACGAUGCAGACGAUAUUGUUGUAAUACAGGAAGCGACAGUGGCUCAAUGGGAUAAGAACCGAACGUGCGCGAGAAACGCAUCGAUAGGUCGGAUACCUUUGAAUAUCUCGAAAAAGAUUUGCUCCUAUUUGAACGAGGGAUGGAGCGAUGCCGCGAUACAAGAAACAUUGAUCCCAUUAUUGAUGGAAUCUGGCGAUGUCGCAUCAAUCUGUUGGUGCCUCGAUACGUUUAAAGAUUUACCAGACAAGUUAUUGGUGGACCUUUUAGCGUUUAUCUUGAAAAGUUCAGACAAAGUGUUCGUUCCUCUGCAAAACGGCACAACCGAAAAUACACUGAAGGCCAGUAAUCAGCCUUAUCUAAGGGACAAUUUUCUCGAUAAAGUGUUUAGUAUCAGUUAUUCCAGUGUUUCCUUGUUACCUCACCUGAAAACCGGUUUAACUUUCGACCAAGUACUCAAAUUGUUGGAAUAUUUAAUGUGCAAAUUGAACGAGGAAACGGACUCGCUUGACGAUCAUUCGCAGCCGAACGACCAGCAGUUGUACGAAUGGUUCUGUGUGCUUCUCGAUUCGCACUAUCAACAUUAUUUAUUAUCGCAAGACACGCAUGUUUUGGAGCUUUUCAAUCGGCUGCAUUCUAUCCUAGAGGAACAUUUUCAGUUUCUGCAAACUCUUGUCAACUUGAGGCCUAUGAUAGACAGGACCAAUAAUGGAAAACCACUACGAUCCUCUUCGAGAAAACAUAAUAAGUUCUACUCUAUAGAGGAAAUAAAACUUUAUUAAAUUAAUAAGUGAAUGAAAAACACACGUCUAGCUUCAUAGCUAUGUAUUUAUACGUUACUUUUAUGCAAAAGAUGAAUUGGAUUAGAUAGAUGAAAAUUA